GCCAGAGAGAGAACCUUUUUCAUUCCCCAGGGUCAACAUACAGACUUGAAGAGGAGCACACAAACUGACUCUAGUGCAGCCAGGGGGCUGAGGACACAGAUGUGUUGUUGGAAAACUCAUGUGGAUAUAGUUAAAGCAGAUAGAAGGAGACAUAUGGAUCAGAGAGGACCGCAGAAACUGUCCUGAGUGCAGCCAGAGAGAUUGAGGUGGAUGAGCUUGUGGCAGCCCUUCCCUUUGGCCAGGAACAGCAGCUGAAUCCCAUUAUAUCAGACACUGUCAACAUGCAAUCCUCCACUCCCAUUUUCCAAUAAAACCUCCACUCCACCCACUGCUUCGCUCCAGCUAUCCCGAGCGAGAGGCAGCCCCAGCUGGGCUCAGGAUGCGUGUGACCUCCCCUCUCCUCCUGGCUCUCCUAGUACUCCUGCUGCUCCCACCACCCUCCCAGCUGAGGAAGGCAGGCCAGGGCAGGCGGCUCAAAGUAGGCAGACGCCUCCUCAGACAGGACAGGGUGAGAGGUCGGGGGCGCCAGGGCAGGUCAGGAGACUCCAGGCAUCAGGUCCCUGAAUGCUCAGAGUACAGCGACUCUGAAGACGUCUUCGUGGACUGCCAAGGGAGAAAACUUUCCUCCAUCCCCACUGCCUUAUCCUGGUCACGGGCUCCAGACCACCUCCUGCUCGCCCGUAACCGUAUCCGGGCCCUCCACAAUGGGGCCUUCUCUGGCUUCGAGGGCCUGAGGAGCCUGGACCUGCAGCAGAACCGGAUCUCAGUGUUGGAGGAGGGGGUGUUCCUGGGCCUGAUAAAACUCACCACCCUUCUGCUGCAGCACAACCGUCUGGGCACGCUCAGCGAGGAGGCUCUCAUCCCCAUGCCAGCCCUGCGCUACCUGCGUCUCCAUGACAACCCCUGGAGCUGCCGCUGCACACUCGACAGUCUGGUUCGCACCCUGCAGGUGCCCAGCAACCGUAACCUGGGGAACCAUGCCAGGUGUGCGGAGCCAGUUGCGCUGAGGGGCAGGAAGCUGAGACAGGUGGACCCAGAGCUGCUGUGUCUAGAGCUGGAGCCUCCCAGCGACCCCCCAGACCCGCAGGACUCCACAUACCCUCUGCAGCCCAUCCCCAUCAGGGGCAAGCCUGACGCCACCACCUCCUGCCAUACCUACCUGUUCCCCACACCCCGACUGGACUGCAGAAGCAGAGAUCUGGCAGAGGUUCCUGCAGAAAUCCCAGGGGACAUGGUACACAUGGACCUGUCCCAAAAUUCCCUCCGGCGCCUGAAGGCCAGAGACUUUGUGGAGGCCAGAAGCCUAAGGUCACUCAAUCUCAGCAACAACAACUUGGAGGACAUGGACACAGCCUCCCUGUCUGGCCUUCUCCACCUCCAUGAGUUGGACCUUUCCAACAACAGACUGCACUUCUUCCACUUUGGUGUUCUAGAAGACCUCUAUUUCCUGUCCCUGCUAAGGUUGGGGGGAAACCCCUGGGUCUGUGACUACAGCAUCCACUACCUGGUGUACUGGCUACGUCUGCACCCAGGGGUGACCUACUCUGGCCUGCUGUGCCACUCCCCUUCUGAGCUCAGAGGAAAGAGUGUGGAGGACUAUGUCCACUCCUACAACAGAGCCUGCAGCCAGACAGAGCACAGUCAGACAGAAUACGGCCAGACGGAUCCGGACUUGUGGGUAACAUCUAUGGAGCUGCAGGAGGAGCGAGAGGAGAUGGAACCGGCACAUCUGAGAGGACCGCAGAAAUACCACGUCACCAGGUUGAAUUAAACAACUACCCCAGGAUGGAAUGACUGACAUCUUUAAAUACUUUGUCUUCCUUUUAUAGAGCAUUCAAAUUCAUUCUGUAUCAGAUGGUAAACUUGAACUUUGUUCAA